AUGGCUACCAAUGACAAUCGGGAGGUGUUCGAGCUACCAGCAGAACCCAUGGUGCUUCCUCCAUCUCUCCCCGGUGCGGCCAUCGGCAAAAGCGGCGUCAGUAUGAACGAUGACGGCCGCGUGAGUAUCGACUGGGACUCCAGGUUCGUGCGAGGAUUCUCCAAGCUGUACAGUCGUCCGUUUCUAGGACGCCCUACAACACCCCCGCCAGAUUACUCCGAGCUGGCCCCGCAAUCAGCCGACGAUACAAUAGAGAUCUCUGGACCGCCACCGGUAUAUCCCGAGUCUGUCGUCGAAAUUGAAAAGAGCUGGAAGGUUAAGCUGAAUAUUGUGAUCCAAGUCGUCGGGAGCCGAGGCGAUGUGCAACCGUUCAUUGCCCUUGGAAACGAACUCCAGCGAUAUGGACACCGGGUGCGACUAGCUACGCACGAUGUGUUUGAAAGUUUCGUCAGGGACUCUGGAUUGGAAUUCUACCCGAUUGGGGGCGAUCCAGCCGACCUGAUGGCGUACAUGGUCAAGACUCCUGGCCUCAUUCCAAGUAUGGAGAGCCUGCAGGCAGGCGAUAUCCAGCGCAAACGCAUCAUGGUCCGCGAGAUGUUGCGCGGGUGCUGGCGAUCCUGCAUUGAUCCUGAUAUGCAUACUCAAGUACCUUUUGUGGCUGAUGCGAUUAUCGCUAACCCGCCGAGCUUUGCUCACGUCCAUUGUGCGCAGGCGUUGAGCAUCCCGGUGCAUUUAAUGUUCACCAUGCCCUGGAGCAGCACGAAAGCUUUUCCACACCCACUGGCGAAUAUGAGCGGUGGCAAUGCAGACGAAAGUUUGAAGAACUAUGUUUCGUACGGCGUGGUGGAUUGGCUUUCAUGGCAAGGACUGGGCGACGUGGUCAACGAAUGGCGACGAAAAGACCUCGACUUGGAAGAUGUGGCUAUGUUUGAAGGCCCUCAUCUUGCAGAAAUACUAAAGGUCCCAUUUACAUACUGUUGGUCCCCAGCGCUUGUUCCCAAGCCUCUGGAUUGGCCAUCUUAUAUCGAUGUCUGCGGCUUUUUCUUUCGUGAGACCCCGAAAUACGACCCUCCAGCUGACCUACAAGCGUUCCUCGCAUCUGGUCCUCCACCGGUUUAUAUUGGGUUCGGCAGUAUCGUACUGGAAGACCCGGAACGGAUCACCACGACUAUUAUCAACGCUGUAAACGCAGUUGGCGCGCGGGCGAUUGUUUCCAAAGGCUGGUCCAACUUGGGCGGCGCACACCAUGACAACAUCUACUACAUCGGGGACUGCCCACAUGAAUGGCUGUUCAACCAUGUGGCGGCUGUCGUGCAUCACGGAGGGGCGGGUACCACAGCUUGCGGAUUGCGGUAUUCCAAGCCAACACUUAUUGUUCCCUUCUUUGGAGACCAGCCAUUCUGGGGCGCCAUGGUCGCUGCAGCCGGUGCUGGACCUGCCCCUAUACCACAUAAGCAGCUUACCGACGAUGCGCUGGCCGCUGGCAUUCGGUAUUGUCUCAGCGAACAAGCAGCGGCAGCAGCCUCGACCAUUGCGCACAAAAUGAGCUCAGAGUCGGGCGUUCACGCCGCAGUCGCGUCAUUCCAUCGGAACCUUCCCCUCGACCGUCUGCAGUGCGAUCUAUACCCAUCCCAGCCUGCCGUGUGGUCCGUAUCCGUACCCAAGAGUCGACAAAAGCUCAAGCUUUCAAAGUUCGCCGCAGAGGCUUUAGUUGCGGACGGGUUAAUCGACAAGAAGAAUCUCACCAUACAUCCCAUUAACCCCUUACUGAUUGAAAACCGUCGAUGGGAUCCCAUUACGGGCGGAGCGUCUGCCGUGAUGCGCACCACCACCGACCUCACUGGUUCUCUUUUGGGCACAUUUUACAAGCCUAUCCAGGAGUAUCAGGAUUACCACAAGCGUCGUAAGGACCGGCGUUCGAGCAGUAUAUCUACCCAGGCCUCCCACAUGCCCAAAAGCAGCUCAUCUGUCGGGUCCACGUCGACGAAUAUCGUGAAGGGAAAGGUGGCCGCGGGUGCUGGUGCUGGUGCUGGUGCUGCGAGUAGCAACACUAAGCCGCCAUCCGAUCAAGGCGGAGGAAAGCUUUUCGCGAGAAUGGCCGGUGCCUCCGCUAAGAGCCUGGGUAGCUUUGUCCCCACCGCUCUCAAGGGCAUAGCAGUGGACAUCCCACUUGCGCUGACCGAAGGACUGCGCAACAUCCCUCGAUUCCACGGCGAGGAGCCCCGGGAUAACGGUCCGGUUACAGACAUCAAGAGCGGCUUUGCCGUCGCGGGAAAUGGGUUCGUGUGGGGGAUGGCGGAGGCAGUGAGCGACAUAGUCGUCAAGCCAUACCAAGGGAUGCAGCAGGAUGGCGCCAAAGGUGCGGUUAAAGGAGUCGGCAAGGGCAUGUCGAAUAUGGUGUCUAAAGCUGGUUGCGCCAUGUUUGGGGUCUUGAUAUACCCGAGCGCGGGUAUUGCGAAGAGCUUGCAUGCGUCGAUUCAUUCAAGGACGAGGAAGUUGAUUGUCAAGGCCCGCCGUGGUGAAGGUGCAUGGAUGCUGGAGAGCGGCCAAUACACGGACACGGACCGGGACCAGGUCGUUACUGGAUUUCGAGGAAUUAUCGAAGGGUAA